AUGGAGCCUUCAGGUUCGGCGCUCGGAGGAGUCAAGGCAGAGGCAGCAGCGCCCGGGCGCGAUUGCGUUCCCCACCGCCUCCAAGAAGGUAAGAGGGGCCCCUCCGCCAGCGCGGGGAGGGGAGAGCACCAGCCCGCGGGCAGAGCUGCCCCGGACCCCACUGGCGCUGGCAGCAAACAGGCAGCUGCGGCGUGGCGUGGCGUGGCGCCGCCCUGGCGGGCGCCUGUGACUCUCCUUACGGCGGAGUCUGCGCGCCCUCCCGAAGUGCGCGAGGCCUCCGGGGGCCAGGCGGGAAAAGGCCCCACGGUCCAGCGCUCGAGGAAAGCUCGAAGCGACUCCAUAAACGCCCUACCUAGCGCACAAGAGAUCUGUUCCAGAGAGGCAGUGGAUUCUGGUAUCCCAAGAAAGAUUCAUUGCAACAUGAGAUUGACCCGCACUCUUUUGAUCAUGGGCUUAUUUUAUGUGUCGCCUUUCUUCUGCUACAGCCAGAUUGAUCCCCUGGCUGUAGCUGAUGCCCAGUGCUGGGAAUCCUCGUCCACCAUCUUGCUAGAGAUGAGGAAGCCACAUGUUUCUGACUCCAUCAGUGGCUUUUGGGACUUUAUGAUCUUCCUCAAGUCAUCAGAGAACUUGAAGCAUGGAGUUCUGUUCUGGGACCUUGCCCAACUCUUCUGGGAUAUCUACGUAGAUUGUGUACUUUCCAGAAACCACGGCCUAGGGAAAAGGCAGCUGGCUGAAGCCCCACAGCGGAUUGCAGCACUUCCAUCGUGGAUCUCAAGGAGUAAGCAAGGCAUCUUUUCACAAAUUCAGGUGGCUCCCGUACCGAAGAAGAAAGAAUUGAAUGGCGAUUUAAUAAGCGCCCACGUUUACAAGAGUGAAUCUGCUUUGCUCAGAAGAAUUGCUGGACACUUAAGAAUGAAGAAAGAAGUCUAG